AUGUUGAGAAAGUUUCGUCCCGGAAAUGAAUAUCAAGCAGAAUCGACUGAAUUAGAUUUGAAACGAACAUAUAUUAAACAUGAACGACAAUCUUUACUUGAUUCUUCAAUGAUUCAAUUACCACAAUCGUUACAACAGAAUAACGAGACAUUAUUUCUGUCAACAGUAGAAAAAGCUCGACUACGAAAUGAAAAUUUGUUGAAAUCAAUAAAAAAGUUAAAUCAUGAAAUCGAUGCACAUCUACAACAACCAGAUGAUAACAAGUUUACCAGAUUGAAAAGUAAUUAUUGGGAUAUGGUGAACAAGUUAUUACCAGUAUGGGAACGUGAGUUGGCAGAUUAUGAAAAACGAAAACGACAGGAACACGGAGAUAAUAUUCAAGAUGUUUGA